UGAUAACAGUGUGAGAUAAUAAAUGUUGAUAACAGUGUGUGACUAUAACCACAUAACAAACUCUUUUAGUGUUACAAGAAAGAAUGAAACUAUCACCACCACCACCACUACUCAAGAACAACGACCCAAAAGCCGCGGCUUCUGCCGUUAAAUCUUGCGGCGGAGGAGGCCGUAGAGAAACCUUCUCGACGACGAGGCAUCCAGUGUACCACGGAGUUCGCAAACGCCGAUGGGGAAAAUGGGUUUCAGAGAUCAGAGAGCCCCGCAAAAAAUCUAGGAUUUGGCUCGGAUCUUUUCCGGUGCCUGAGAUGGCAGCUAAAGCCUACGACGUGGCCGCGCUUUGUCUGAAAGGAAGAAAAGCUCAGCUUAAUUUCCCCGACGAAAUCGACGAUCUACCUCGACCGUCGACAUGUACGGCCAGAGAUAUCCAAGUCGCGGCGGCCAAAGCUGCCAACGCCGUCAAGAUCACUAAAACGGGAGAUGACGUGGCAGAUGUUGAAGACGGAGAUGAUUUCUGGGAAGGCAUAGAGCUGCCCGAGCUUAUAAUGACCGGAGGUGGGUGGUCACCGGAGCUUUUUGUUGCCGGAGAAGACGCCACGUGGGUGGUCGACGGUGACUCGUAUCAGUAUCAGUUCAUGGCGUGUCUGUGAGUGUAGUUUUCGACUGUGUCGUAUUCGCUAUACGUGU